AUGAAUAAAACACCCUUGACUUUUGAUAUGUCUAGCAAUAUGACAAUAGAAGAAACAAGUUUUAGAACAGUUAGUAUAUAUACUACAAGACAUGAAAAAUCAAAUUUUACUGUGAUACUUUUUUGUAUAGCAGAUAGUACAAAAUUACUACCAUUGAUAAUUUUUAAACUUGUAAAUGUUCCACAACAAAUUUUUCCAUCAGAGGUUAUAAUUCGUACAAAUCGGAAGAGAUAUAUGAAUUCAGAUGAAAUGAUUUGUAGUCUAACAAGUAAAUUACAACCACUUGAUGUAAGCAUUAAGAAAUUAUUUAAAAAUAAGUAUUAUAAUAAUUGGAUGGCUGAAGAAAUAAAAAAAUUAACUCCAACCAAAUAUAUACAAUAUCCUACAUAUAAUUUAGUUGUACAAUGA